AUGUUGCGAUUCAAAAAGCACGACAAGGCUGACAAGGAUAGUGUUGAGAGCAAGCAUCGCGACAAGGACGAUCGUGAUGACAGCCAUCGAUCCCGCCAUCGUCACCGUUCUCGUUCAAGAUCACCUCGUCGUCAUCGAUCACGGUCUCCAAGACGACGUUCUCGAUCACCAAGAAGACACCGUCGUGAUGAUAGGAGUCGCUCUAGAUCACCUAAACGCCGUCGAUCCCCCAAGCCUGCUAGCAGCAGCAGCAGCAAAGAUAAAGACAAGCCCAAGAAAGUUGCCAAGCCUACACCCCAAUACAAUCUCAUCGAAGUGGAAGUCAAUGAUCGACUGGGCAAAAAGGCGCGUGUCAAAUGCAGCCCCAAAGAUACUGUGGGUGAUUUCAAGAAGCUUGUCGCAGCGCAGAUUGGUACGGAUCCCGCAAAGAUUAUUCUCAAAAAGUGGUACAAGGAGUACAAGGACCAUAUCACUUUGGAUGAUUACGAGAUCCAUAAUGGCAUGAAUUUGGAAUUGUAUUAUCGUUAA